AUUUUGUAAGAAUUUCGAAAAUUCUCUCUUAUACUUCUUACAAAAUCACAGGGGUUUUCAAAAUUCUUACAAAAUCCUAAAGAAAGCCAAAUAUUCUUAUAAUCCUUUUAAAAUUACAAGAAUUCUUUAAAUUCUUACAAAAUCCUAAAAAAGGACAAAUAAUCUAACAAUCUUAUAAUUCUUUUAAAAUCACAAUUAUUUUUUAAAUUCUUACAAGAUCCUAAUUAAAGCCAAAUUAUCUUACAAAAUCCUAAAGAAUGCCAAAUAAUUUUACAAAUCAUACAGAAUCUUAUAAUAUUUGGACUCCUAUAGGAUUUGUAAGAUUAUUUAGCCUUCAUAGAAUUUUGAAAGAAUUUCGAAAAUUCUCUCUUAUAAUCCUUACAAAAUCACAAGGGCUUUUAAAAUUCUUACAAAAUCCUCAAGAAAGCCAAAUAUUCUUACAAAUUCUAAAGAAGCCAACAUAAUUUUGCAAAUCGCAAAGAACCUUAUAAUCCUUACAAAAUCACGAGGGUUUUUGAAAUCCUUACAAAUUCCUAAAGAAGUCCAAAUUAUCUAGUAGUAGUAGUAUUUAUUUUAUGUUAAAAUUAGAAAACUUAUAAGGUUGCUAUACCAAUAAAAACCCAUGUAGUUUGAUUUUAUCGAAAUUGAUUUUUUCCUAUUAAAAUAAAACUAUGUAUUUUUAUGGUAAACCAUAUUGUUGUUUUUAAUUAAUUUAUUCUAGAUAUAAACUAUACGAGUAUACAGGUAGGUAAUAAUACUAUAUGAUAAUACUUUUACUGUACUUUAAUUUUAGGCCAUAUCUUGUUACUAAUGAGUUCGACUUAAUAGCAAAAAAUAAUUACAUUUCUUUAUCAAACGUUUAGCAAAGUAGGUACAAUGUUUUUUGGUAUUCUGGUCGCUAUAUUGUCCGCGGUAUUAGUUGUAUAUGUGUAUUUUAAAGUUUUUUUGUACACGUAUUGGGACAAUUUUAAUGUGGAGACGAUAGAGCCUACAUUUCCGUUUGGCAGCAUCUUUAAAAUAUUCACAGGACAUUUUUCUCUGAGUGGGUGUGUUAGAGAGUUUUACGAAAAAUGCAAUGGCAAAUUUGCUGGGAUAUAUUUCGUAACAUCGCCCGCAAUUUUUAUAAAAGAUCCAGAACUAGUGAAACUGAUACUUGUAAAAGACUUCAACUCUUUCACCGAUACAGGGCUUUAUUUGGAUGAAAAAAAAGAGCCAACGUCUGGUCAUUUGUUUAGAUUGAAAGGGGAAAGAUGGCGGACCAUCCGCAACAAAUUGACGCCCGCUUUCACAGUAGGAAAACUUAAAGGCAUGUUUACCACAAUCACUGACGUGGCAGAUCAACUGAAAAUCCAUCUAAGUGAAGAAUGCGAUGGACAAAAUAUUGAUGUUUCCGACUUAACAACUAGAUAUAGCGCCGAUAUAAUAGCCUCGACUAUUUUUGGCCUGGAAAACAACUCUUUCAAAGACAAAAACAACGACUUCAUUUUAAUGGCGAAGGACCUAUUCGUAUCUGAGAGUUUUCUGCGUAUCUGCAAGGGUGCUCUGCAAGUUUUUUUCCCGACAAUUUUGUCCUACUUUCACCCCGAAACUGUCAAAAAUGCACAGGAUAAGUUCAUAUAUCACAUGGUUAAAAAUGUUAUCGAAUAUAGGGAGAAAAAUAAAGUCACCAGAGCCGAUUUGAUGCAGCUUUUAAUGCAGCUGAAGAACAAGGGGAAAAUCAGUGAUGAAGAUAAAGAAAACGAUUUGUCUGUUUUUGAUGAAAAGACAAAUAAUGAAGUGACCCUGUCUUUAAACGAAAUAGCUGCACAAGCAUACACUUUUUUUUUCGCUGGCUAUGAAACCACAUCAACCACGUUAAGUUUACUUUUAUAUGAAUGUGCUAUAAACCAACAUUUACAAAAAAAUAUACAGAAAAAUAUCGAUGAAGUUCUGGAUAAAUAUAAUGGUGCCAUUACUUAUGAAUCUGUAUCUGAAAUGGAGUACCUUGACAGAGCCAUAUCAGAAACUCUAAGAAAAUACCCACCUUUAUCGUUCUUGGCCAGGGUAGCUACAAAGGAUUACGUAAUACCAGAUACUAAAGUAACCAUUAAAAAAGACAUGAGGGUAUUAAUUUGCGUUGACGGCCUUCAAAACGACCCUAAAUACUUCCCUGUACCCAACAAAUUUGACCCGGACCGAUUUUUGCCUUCUGAAGUGUCAAAGAGGCCGCAAUUCUCCUACCUACCCUUCAGUGAAGGACCUAGGACGUGCAUUGGUAAAAGAAUUGGUAAAAUUAAAAUAGCGGUUGGGAUGGCGAUGAUGUUGAGGAAUUUCAACUUCGACAUUUGCAAAAAUACCGAAUUUCCUAUCAAAUUUAACAAAAUGUCUUUUUUGAUUCAAGCGCAGAAACCGAUUGUCUUAAACAUAACCAAAAGAGUGGAGGAAAAAGAAUAACCUAUCUAUGUAUUGUAGUAUUGGGGGUUUAAAAAUAAAAUAUAUUGUGUGUUUGGGUUUUCUUGUAAUCCUUACAAAAUCCAAAAAAGUU